GUGAGAUGAAGUGGGUGUGAGAUGAAGUGGGUGUGAGAUGAAGUGGGUGAUAGGGGCUAAGGGGUUUGCGUUUGGUUUAGGGAAAGGGGGAUGGAUGGGUGGAGGAUUAGGGUGCGUGUUGUGCUGCACGGUGGCGCCAAGGAUGCUGCGAACCGGGCGAGAUGGGGUUUGGGUAGAUGAUGAUGAUGGGAGAGAGGGGAAUACGUGGAGUCGAGUCGUAUGGACGCCUCACAAGCCCCCCGACCGAGACGAGAAGCGGCCCGACGACGCGCCGAAAGCGAAGGAAAUGAAGGGAAGGAUGGAUCAGAGUCCGUCUCGCGGCCAUCGAGAAAGAGGACAGGACGGCGAGGCAUACCGCACCGUUCCGUUCCGUUGCCGCUCUCCCAUCAUCAGCAGACCGCAGACAGGAUCCAGGAACAACCAGCAAGCAAGGACUCCAGCAAGAGAGAAGAGGACUUUCGCGCAAGUAGAUGGAUGCAUCAUUUGAAGAGGCAGGCACAAGAGGGCUGGGGUGGAAGGAGCAUUGCAUCACAUCACAUCACGUCCCACUCCUACCAUGCUAUUCCCACUCCUACACGGUAGAUAGCUUCGAAACUCGCGAGAUACGGUGUAUUGCAUACAUGCGCGUUCUCGCCGUACUGUAGUUUGCAAUGUAUUAUACUAUAUCAU